GGAUGUCGUCGUUUCGGUCUCGUCGGCAAAAGUAAUAUGACCGAUCAAUAUUCACCCGAACACAACGGCGAGAACCUGGACUCUUCCGCUGCAUGCAAGAUCAAGGCUUUGUUCAUCUACCCCGUCAAGUCCUGCAAGCCUGUGGAAAUCGAACACAACGAUGUCAUCCUCACUGGUCUACGCUACGAUCGUCAGUUCUGCUUUGCCCAACUCAAGACAGAAGAGGUGGAGAAGGAGGAAGGCGACCUUGGCGUCAACACUGAAUGGACUCACAACUGGAAGUUCAUCACUCAGCGCAACGUACCUCGAUUGAGUCAAGUGGAUGUCCAGGUCUGGGUCCCGGAUCCGUCAUCCCCUUCAUACUCUCCAGAUGCCGAAUGGGUCAAGUCCAAGGGUUGUCUCGCGUGCUCGUUUGCCUUCACUCCGGAAUGGUCAUGGAAUCUUGACGGCCUGAAAACCGCAUUCUCGCUUCUCAAAACUAAGCUUGCUCAGCGCGAUUUCAGAGCCGAACCACGCCUCGCCUUCAAGCUUCCCAUCGCCCCUGACGAGAAGAGAUCAAGCAAGUACAACCGGGAAGUCAUGAAGAUCUGGAAGUGUUCGCCAAUGGCCAUCAACGUCACGUCAGAGAUACCCCCAGAUACACUGGCAAAGCUGAAGUACUUCCUUGGUGUCUCCAAUCCUCUUGCUCUGUUCAUGGCAGACCCCCUCAACCAUCGCCAAGUGUUCAGAAAUGCACCUUCGGCAGAAGAGGCUGGCUACCAACCCGGCGUAGGCUUUGCUGAUGCUUACCCGCUAUCCAUCAUGGGCAUUCCAUCUGUACAAAAAGUAUCCAAGACAGUGAAGAACCUAACAACACCUCAUCUCAAUGCGCUCCGCUUCCGCGCAAACAUAUACUUAACCGGCUGUCCACCCUUCGCCGAAGACGGCUGGAAAGUCAUCCGCUCGGGAAACCUCGACUACCACGUCAGUUGCCGCACCACACGCUGCGACCUGCCCAACGUCGACCCUGAGACCGGCAUCAAAGACCGGGCUGAGCCCUACAAGUCUCUGAAACAAUCAAGAGGGUUUGUGGAUAAAGGUGCUGGUGCUCAUCCAGUGCUGGGCAUGCAAAUGGUACCUUUACUCAAGGAUGCCAGGGGUAGUGAGCAGAUCAGAGUGGGUGAGGAGAUGGAGGUUGUCAAGACGGGAGAGCACUUUUACAUC